UAGGGCAAUGCAUUUUUGCUCGUCCUUAUAAAAAGCCUAGUAUUCCCCCUCUCGCCCUCCUCUGUCCACAAAGCUGAAGCAUAGGGUUUUUCCCCUGAGCGGCAGAGCUUUAUCGGCCUCGGCUUCAUUUCACGGUCUGUCAAGAUGUACACUUCAAGGAAGAAAAUCCAGAAAGACAAUGAUGUUGAGCCCACUGAAUUUGAGGAUAACGUUGCACAGUACCUAUUUGAUUUGGAGAACACCAAUCAGGAGCUAAAAAGUGACUUGAAAGAUCUCUAUAUCAAUUCAGCAAUUCAGAUGGAUAUUUCUGGAAAUCGCAAGGCAGUGGUGAUAUAUGUUCCCUAUAGAUUGCGGAAGUCCUUCCGCAAGAUUCAUCCUCGCCUUGUCAGGGAACUGGAGAAAAAAUUCAGUGGCAAGGAUGUUGUUUUGCUUGCUACCCGCAGGAUUGUACGACCACCAAAGAAAGGCUCUGCUGCUCAGAGACCACGCUCCCGAACACUAACAAUUGUCCAUGAUGCUAUGCUAGAGGAUAUAGUGCAUCCUGCUGAGAUUGUUGGCAAACGCACUAGAUACCGGAUUGAUGGCUCCAAAAUAAUUAAGGUUUUCUUGGACCCCAAGGAGCGGAACAACACGGAGUACAAGCUGGAAACCUUUUCUGGUGUCUACAGGAAGCUUACUGGGAAAGAUGUAGCAUUUGAAUAUCCUAUUACCGAGGCUUGAAAGGGCUGCUAUCAUCGGCUUUUUGUGUUUUGGCAUUGUUAUUUCAUUUUAUAGUUACUAGAAUUGUAUUGAGUAGGAUUCUGUUUUAAAAAUUUUGGGCCAUGGUAUUUGGUUUGAUGUCUUUUACAUAAGACCAAUGCUACUUGUGGUGAAUCUCCUCUCGAUGUGCGUAAUUUCUGCAUUGCCAAGGAUGUAGAACUAUCUUUUAAAUUCAAGUUUGGUUAUAGUUUUA